AUGGGCAAGGGUGGGAAAUCUCCCCCCGCGCCGGCCAUCCCACUCCCACCCACUCGCUGUCCCUCCUCCGUCGCGCCCCGCCCCGCCCCGCCCGAGCGGCUGACCGACCGGGGCGGCGAAACCGAGCCGGGCCCGUGGUCCACGGCAGAGCUCGCUCGAGAAGCCUCCGCCCCUCAGCUCACCCGUCACCGCUCCAGCCCACCCCCGAGGCGCGUCCCCAUUAAUACCGCGCCCGCGCGCACUCCACCCCGCGCUCUCGCUCCCCAUGCACGCCUCGCCUCGCCCUCGCCGCGCGCGGUCUGCCAGUGCCGGUGCCAGCCAUGCUCCUCGGCGCGGCGCUCCGGCUCCGGCUCCGCGUGCUCCGCCGCCGCCUCCGGGGCCGACGGCGCCGCGGGCGCUCCCGUGGGGGGAGAGCGGCGGCGGAGGGCGGGAGCCCGUGCUGCUGGUGUCCGGGAUGGGCGGGUCGGUGCUGCACGCGCGCCGGCGGUCCAGCCCCAAGUUCGACCUCCGGGUCUGGGGUACGUGGAGCCGUUGGACGACGACGUGGAGAUUGUCGUGCCGGAGGACGAUCACGGGCUGUACGCCAUCGACGUUCUCGAUCCUUCCUGGGUAUUCUCAAAGUAUGUAAACAAAUGGAUUUGCAUUGCUUGUCCAUUUCAAGGUGCCCCAGGAUGUAUCAAUGAUUCCCUGCUUACUGGACUGCAGUUUGUUUAUGGUUUUGAGAGCUUCUUUUUUGUUUCAAGAUGGGCAAUGCACCAACUGCUUGUUGAAUGCCCGUCUAUCUAUGAAAUGUUGCCAAAUCUGAACUUCAAUUGGAAGGAAAAACCAACUAUUCAGGUUUGGCGUAAGAACCCUGAAAAGGAUGGAGCGGUGGAGCUAGUUCAAUAUGAAGCAAGUGAUUGUGUAUCCUUUUUCGAAAAAGCAUUAAGGAACAAUGAGCUCACGUAUAACGGGAAGAAAGUAGCACUUCCAUUUAAUAUGUCAGUUUUCAAAUGGGCCACUGAGACUCGCCGAAUUCUAGACAAUGCUGAACUACCAGAUACUGUGAGUUUUUACAACAUAUAUGGGAGAUCUUAUGACACUCCAUAUGAUGUAUGCUAUGGCUCUGAAAGCUCCCCGAUCGGAGAUUUGUCAGAAGUGUGUCACACAGUGCCAGCAUACACGUAUGUGGAUGGAGAUUGCACAGUUCCUAUUGAAUCUGCAAUGGCUGAUGGGUUCGCGGCGAAAGAAAGAGUCGGCGUCGAGGCCGACCACCGUGGCCUGCUGUCGGAUGAGAACGUAUUUGAGCUUCUCAAGAAAUGGCUCGGUGCGAGCGAGAAGGCGCCGCGGCGUUGCCUGUCUAGAAAACCCAGAGUGGUGGACCUGAGCUCCUAAUCGUUGUCGCCUUGUCGACAUCAUCGCAAUCUCUUUCAAUGGGGACUGUUAUUUUGGCCCUUUCCCUUGAAGAGAUUAUGAGACACAAAUUCUGGGGAUUGUAUGUAUUUGUCUGCAUGAUGCAAGUCUUUGCAGGGACAAAGGGGUGAUGACCCCUAUACACGAUGUAUCGUUGCCAGGCAUGUCUUUUCAAGCCAAACGGCACGCCGCACGCAUAUUCACCGCGCCCUUCAACGCUGGAGCGUGGCGAAGCAAUAACGAAAUCGAGCAUGGUUUCCAA